AUGGGAGUCGCAAAAUUUACAAGCCCAGUGUCCUGGGGUCGGGGAUUAGGCCUAAGCUCCGGGCAACGCGAACCAGAGUAUCACCUGCUGGCGCCUUUCGAUGCCAUGCCUCAGCAGAUAACCGGACGCACAGUUUGGACCAAGGAAGAUCUGGAGUCCGAGCCUGGCCGCUGGCUGCGAACUUUCUCCGAGGACGAGAUCCGACAGGUUGAACAAGCGAUAAAGCAGGUUGAAACGCGAAAUCUGCAGCUUUCAGAGGUUCAUCGAGAUACUUUUCCCUUGUCUGCCGAGUUCACGGCAGAAUUGGAGAAGGUGCGCAAUGAGCUUAUCAAUGGCAUCGGCUUUGUUCUGCUCCGUGGACUUCCUGUCCAGAAAUGGACGACCCGGCAAUCUUCCAUUGCGUAUCUCGGUCUGGGUUCCUACAUCGGUCGUCGCUUGAGCCAGAACCGUCAGGGUCACAUGUUGGGCCACAUCAAGGACCUCGCGGAAGGGAAAGAGGUCAACGGUGAAGGCCGAAUCUACCGCACGCAAAAGGCACAGACUUAUCACACCGAUGAGAGUGACAUUGUCGGCUUGCUCUGCUUGCACCAAGCCAUGGAGGGGGGAGAAUCACAAGUCGUUUCCAGCCAUCACAUUUACAACGUUUUACGCAAGGAGCGUCCGGACGUGCUGGAACAACUGUGCAUGCCGCAUUGGUUUUAUGAUCGAAAGGGCGAAACCAGCGAGGGAGAAAAUGAGUGGAUGAGAACGCCAGGCUACUAUUACUAUAAAGGCAAGCUCAGCAUGAAAUGGGACUCGUACUAUGUUGGCGCAUUGCAGAGGUUCUGGGAGGCUGGGCUUCUGCCCAAGUACACCGAGUCUCAGGAUGAAGCGAUGGCCGUCAUGGAGGACAUGUGCCACCGUCUGUGUCUUGAGAUGACUCUGCAGCAAGGCGACGUUCAGUUUGUAACUAACACCCAUAACUUGCACGCACGAUCGGCCUACAAAGACGACAACGAUGCAAGUAAGAAACGCUGGCUGCAACGUCUUUGGCUGGCAACGUCGGAUGUUGAGGGUGGUUGGCCAUUGCCAUUUGCCGAUUCUGACUAUGUGAAGCGUGGAGGUGUGCAAGUCAACAACACACCUGAGUCUUAUCCCCUCGAAGCAGAAUAA